AUAUCAGUUUCAUGUUAUAUGGAACUAUCGGUUUCAAAUCAUCUAUUUCUUCCGUUCUUUGAAAUGGGAUGUAUGAGCUAAUUAGAGUUGCAGCACGGUUGAACGGUUGAAUCCAUGUCUAAUUGAUGUGGUUUGCAGGUUGACGAUGGUUAGUUUGGUCAAAUUCUGUACUAAACGAACCAUAACAACUGUUUUUAAGAUAAUUAGACAUCACCAUUUCAACACGGACCGAGCUCUCAAAAUUCCAGACGCAUUUGCUUCAGUUAAUGGUGGUGGUCGAAACAUUGUGGCUGUUUUCUGGGACUUGGACAACAAACCUCCGAGAUCAAUACCUCCAUUUGAUGCUGCAAUUAGGCUGAAAAAGGCUGCUGAAUCAUUUGGGGAUGUUCGGUUCAAGAUAGCUUAUGCUAAUCAACGUUCUUUUGAUUACAUUCCUCCUGCAGUUAGGGUUCAUAGGAAAGAUAGGAAAGCAUUAAAUCAGCUUGAAAAUAAGGGUGUUGUUAAACCAGCUGAUCCAUAUAUAUGUCGUGUCUGUGGUAGGAAGUUCUAUAACAAUGAGAGGCUUAUCAACCAUUUCAAUCAAAUUCACGAGCGUGAACACAUGAAACGAGUGGCCCAGAUUGCAUCAGCCAGGGGCAGUCAGAGGGUCAAAUUAGUGGGGAAGUAUUCCAUGAAAAUGGAAAAGUAUAGCAAUGCUGCAAGAGAUAUUUUAACUCCAAAAGUUGGGUAUGGAUUAGGAGACGAGUUAAAACGAGCAGGAUAUUGGGUUAGUACUGUUUCAAAUAAACCACAGGCUGCAGAUAUUGCGUUAAAAAACCACAUUGUGGAUCUGAUGGAUAAGCGGCAGAUGGAGUGUUUGAUUCUUGUUUCAGAUGACUCCGAUUUUGUGGAGGUUCUAAAAGAGGCAAGAUUGCGAUGCUUGAAAACAGUGGUUGUGGGUGAUGCCGAUGGUGGGUCUCUUAAGCGGGUUUCCGAUGCUGCUUAUUCGUGGGAGGAGAUCAUCAUGGGAAAGGCUAAGAAAGAAGCAGUAUCUGUUGUAUGCCGGUGGAAAGAUCGCGAUAUUUUAAGAAGGUUGGAAUGGACAUAUGAUUAUAAAACGGAGAGGAGAUUAUACAGUUCGUGUUCUGACGAUGACGAACAGAUUGACGAUUUGGAUACAAGUAAUUUAGGUUUUGGGGAAGAUCAUGGAAUUAAAACGGAUAGAAAUCGUGCUUGGUGGAAGCUCGAGUCAGAUUCGGAUGCUGCAUCUUCCUAAUCGUAUGCAUGAUCUUUGAAGGGUGCAUUUGAUACGUAGACAAAACUGGACAGGACUGGAUUGAACAGCAGCAAGGUUGGUGGGUAAAAAAAAUAUGUAAGUGUUUAAGAUUUUAAU